UAACCUGUGUUGUAUUCACGUUUAUACCUCCUGCAAGCAAAAUCAUGAGUACGAAUACACUUGUCGGCUCUAUAUGUUGUAAUGCAGUAUGUAGCUACAUUAAGUGGUGUCUUAUGGGCAUAUAACUUUGUAUAUAUAUGUAUAUGUAUAUCAACAAUAUGUCUGGCUCAUAUUUUUUAAACUUAAUAUUUUUUGUGUUAAUCAGAACAGAAGAUAACGUCGUGUAACCCAGCUGUGAUAACAACACGUUUUAUGUUGUUUAUGGUUUACUCGUUGAAUCUUUAUACCCAGUUUCCAGCAUCAUUUCCGGGCGGUCACCGAUUCACGUCACUACCCAGUUCCGUGUGUGUAAGCUUUAAGUCAGGAUGUCUUUCAUUUUCAAGUGACAUCAAAGGAUAUGACAAUUAAACGUUUAGCUUGGAUUUUUCAUUAUUUGGGGAGUCAUCAAUACGAAAGAAGAAUCAAGAGUUAUCACAGCCAGUAAAACAAAUGGAAGUAAGAGUUCUGAUAAUAUGUUAAUAGGACCCAAUAGACUGACUCAUGGAGUUUAGAUACACCAAGAGGGAGCGCUAGGCGAUAGUGUGUGGUGUAGGCUCAGCGGAUGCCAGUUUCUGAAGACCAUGAGACACGCUCACCACACAAACCAUGCCAGCUAACGCGCACCGAAAACUUAUAUAGAGUUUGGAUUCGCGAAUUUUUAAAACAAGAUAAUCUAUUUAAUUGUUUUCUUAAGCAAAACGGUUGUUUGAUAUAAAUGUGUUUGGAUAUUCGGACCUGAGGAUAAAGAAGAUUAUGUCACAGUUAAUGGACAUCUUGGAGGUGUACAGGUGUGAUUUAGAAUCGAGUACUCUCUACACACUGGCAGAUGGACCGUGCAGUUUAUUUUAUAAAGGGAGCCGUCUUUAAUACAUUAACAAAUGGAAAUACGAGAUGGCAGUCAGGUGCGACUGUUAGAUGGUUGGACUUCCGGCGAUACGUUCAGCCAAAGGGUCAAAGACCAGGGUACAAGGCUAAAUAGACCCCCACCAAAACCGAGGUACGCCCAGGACGAUCUUACUCUCGUCACCACCUCCUGUUCUCAGUACCAGCGUCGGGCUGCCCGGGACUGUGGGGCAUGUUGGGGUAGGGACCAGGAAAGACGACUCCACUCCCCCUCCUCCCACAGAGAUAGCAGUGAUAAUAAUAUACUAUUCUGUAGCCGUAGUGAUCCAACGUCAUCUUUAUCUGGAAAUUCCCUAACCACCGGUUGUGUUACCUUCCCGCGUAAUUCACAUAGACCGCAGCCCUCUAUCAAUAAUAGUGAAGUCUGGGUUCAGUGUAAUAAUCUAAACGAAACCCAGUGUUGUUCCGGAAGUCGAAUUAAAAUGGUUCGGACGUUAGGGAAAAUGUUAUUCAUGUGUGUGCUAAUAUCGUGUUUUGUGUACAUUGUUGGAUUUAAAAAAGCGAAGCUACCACCAGGUAGUGGAAAUUCCGAGGAUGGAGAUACAACGUCCAGUGUACGUCUCGGUGGGCCGGAUCGUGUAAUGCUGGAACCCAACAUAUACAAACCUAUAGCGUUAGAGGAAUUCGAGAGAAAUAUACUAGACUUGAGGACGCAUUAUGACGUCAUACGAAUGUUUCUAGUGAAUAAGAGUAUAUCAGACGAUGCUAUCACUAAGCUGAUAUAUAAUGAAGAGAGUUCUGACGUGGUUGAUGACGUGUCAGGGUCACAUAAGAGAGACUACGAUUAUUACAAUGACGAAUGGGAUUAUAACGACGAAGAUCGUAUAGUGAUGCAGAAAGCUCUGGAGCAUUAUGAGGAGAUUAAGACGGGACCAUUAGGAGAGUGCAGUCAACCACGACCAGAAAUUGUACGGGUCAGAGACUUUACGGGAGACGCCCACAAAAUGUAUAUCCCAAAAUUUACAGUGAUUCAUAAAUGUCGGAACGUGACCGGAUGUUGUUGGUUCGAUUCUCAAGAAUGUCGACCACUGAACGUCCAAAUUGUGUGGAAACCUUUCAUCACAUUUGAUUACAAUAUGGAUGAAGAAACGGUGGAAAAAAGCACAGACAGCGUUGAGUGGGUGUUGUUUGAAAACCACACCCACUGUUCCUGUCAGAACCUCAACCCUUUACCCGAGUGUUCGUUGAGGUGUCCACAUCCAUUUUUUAUGUCACGCCCACACGAGGAGUGUGUUUGUGAUUGCAAGAAAAAUUCAAUUCAUUGCAACAAGAUCAAGUAUGGCAUGGAGCCCCUCAAACACAAAGAAUUUGAAUGUGUCAAGCGAAAUGAAUGUAUGCAGCCUGCCUGUGCGGGGGGUCGUUUUGACAUGCGAAAGGGAUUCUGUGAAGGAGUGGAAAAUAGUCAGUUACCGAUACUACACCUGCUGGAAGAGGAACGUCAUAGCCCCAGAUACCCGGGUCGUCGGUAGUCCUCGCCUCACCCCCAAACAGUCCGUCUACCUCAUCCAUACUCCUGACAUCGUCGUAACAUACUUUAUAUAGCAUUUACUAUUUAUGAGUGGUGUUCUGUGGCCAUACGCCUUUUCAAACUCAACAUGGGCUGUGUGUUAUAUGUACACGUCAGCCUAUCUAUAUUUGUGAUAAUGUAUUAAAGUCAUUUUUAUUUAUUUAUAGGCUGUUGCAGCAAUCAAAACCAUCAGUACAUGUCUAAAUUUCUCCUUCGUGGUUUUUUUUACGUAAAAUGAAUCUGGAACAGUGGCACUUUGUCGUUCUGGGAAAUUUAUUUGGUACCGGGAAACGUUUAUGUUAUAAAACAAUCCAGGCCAAAAACCCAAAGGCGAAAUUUAGACACCUGAUUUAGACGUCAUUUCUGUUUAUAUAUAUAUAUAUGCUUACUUAGCACGUGUCGAAGGACAAAAUAUGCACGUGCUUACCUAGCACUUGAAGGAGAGUAAGAGUGUGCUGGUAUGUACUUAUUAAGCACUCUAGGGGGGAAAGAGUGAACUAGUGCAUGCUCAGCACCAGUGCGAGAGAAGAAGUAUGCAUGUGCUUACUCAGAACUUGUGCAAGAUAAGGAGUGAACGCGUGCACGUACUGACUAAGCACUUGUGCGAAAGUAAGAAGAUGCAAGUGCUUAUUGAGCAGUUCAGCGAGGGGGAAAACGGACACGUGCUUACUCGGUACACGUACAGGGAUAGUAGGGUUCACUUGUUUAAUCGGCACAUGUACGGAGGUAGGAGGAUAUUCUUGGAUAACAUGUACCAAUACUGCGUUUACUGACAAAGAGUCUAGUGGUUCCUCGAGUUACCUCCCGUUGUAUGCUUUCGGUAAAUUUCGUCUCCUUUUAGAUAAUUUAACUCAAUGAGAAAAAUGUGAAAUUAACUUCAUGAAUAAAAGGUCGGAUUUAAUUGAUUGAUUGCUGAUAUAUCGGAAAGCUUUUUAAAAAAAAAACACUCGUCAUUUUAAAAAGGGAUAUAACUAAACACUGUUUCAGGUUCUUGGAUUCAUCUUUCUUCAAUAGCUUGAUAAAAGUUAAGGGUAUAUGCUACCUUACUGACACGAAUCUCCUAUUCCAAAGAGUUUCAAAUUAAGAAAGUUGUCAGACAUUUGUUUGUGAAUAGUAAUAUUAAGACAUGGUUAAUGAAUUAAGGACAUACUUCGGAUGUAUUAGAUUCUUUCAAAGGUAGAUUACUCUAAUUUUAAAAAAUCGCAAGUACAAUUUAAAAAAUUGUAUGAACCUUAUUGGGUUUUUUCU